AUGGCCACCUCAAGCUUCUCCCAAUGGCCAUCCCUCCGCAUCGCCGCCAGCGUCUUUGCAACUCUCUUCAUCGGAUUCGGCAUCAACGGUAUCGUAAGGCCCGAAAACGCUCUCGAGUUCUUCGAGUUGGAAGCACCAGCAGCCGCUUCGGACAAGAAGCUCGUCGACAGCCUGAUGGUGAUCUACGGAGCCAGGGACAUAUUCAUGGGGCUGGCCAUCUACUCAGCCGCGUACUUUGGAGACCGCAGGACGUUGGGCUGGAUCCUGAUCGCCGGCAGUGGGGUGGCGUUUGUGGAUGGCGCUGUUUGUCGGGCUCAUGGGAAGGGAGAGUGGAAUCAUUGGGGUUAUGCGCCCAUGCUGACCGCGGUGGGGAGUGUGUUGCUUGGCGUAUUGGACAGGGUGUAG